CAUUAAAAACGAAAGUUAAAAUGUCAAUACUCGAACGUUUUUAGACAAUAUCAUAAACUGUAAUUAUCAUUCGUUGAGUAAACAAAGAACAAUAUGUCAGAUAUUCAACAAUUUGAUAAUUUUAUGUCUGUAGCUUUUGGAUUAAAAAUAACAGUUGAAGGAUUACAAGAUUUUGUAACUGACUUUUUGAAGGCAACGCAUAGAGACAUUUAUGUGAAAUGUUCGUUAGGAAACUGUAAUAUUGACUGCAGUCGUAAGUUUGGACAUGCGUUUAGAAGAUGGUGUGUAGUGUGUUUGACUUGGAAAAAUGAGCUUCAUAAACUAAACCGCUUCAGGAAUCAUUGGGAUAGAAUUAACUGGAAGGAGAUCGAUACAGGUGACUUUCCAGUUUCCUUUGAAGUGAUGGCACAAGUUUUUGUUCAGGAUUUCAAAUCUAUCAGACAUGGACUCCUUCAGGAUUUAGGAGCUUUAAUGUCACUAUUUAAGAACAUGAAAGCAUUCAAUAUUUUGAUUAAUGAUCAAACCAUUGCUAACGUACAAAGAACAAGAAAUCAAAAUUUUGCUCAUAAUUAUUCUAUUACAUUACAUGAUGUGGAAAAAACACAAAGUAUCAAUAGCCUUAUAACUCUCCUCAAAGUGCCCGAAAUUAGAAGAACUGAAAGUUCUAAAAAGGCUCUAGUUGAUUUAGAAGAUUUAAAACUGAAUCAAAGAAUACCUGAGCGAUUACUCCAGCAGUCUUCAGCUGAAGAGGUAGUCACCUCAAUUCAGAAACGAAUGGGAUCAUCUCAUGAAAUUGCCGGAGUUUUUUUUCAACAGAGAUUUGGAAAUAUAUUGUCCUUAAGGAAUGAUAAAAAAGAGAACAGCAUAUUAGAUAAGCGAAUCAAAAGUAGGAACUGGAGUCUGUUGAAUCUUAAACUGGUGAUAUACAUUUUACUACUAAGUUGUAUUGUAAAAUUGAUCAGCAUUGUGAUUACUGGACAGUUUCCAACCUUUGAUGACGAUCUUUUUGAUGAAGAAUGCUUAAGUAUGCGGUUUGAAGAACACUGGAAAAGUGAUUUAGAUUUCGAUUUAUAUAUUGAAGAGCUAAAAAAUCAAAGUAUGGUCGGGAGGCAGUGGCUACUGCCAAUAUUAGAGUCAAAAUUAAACCAGCCAAACACUGGAAUUUUUCUAACAGCUGACAUGGGUUUUGGAAAAUCUUCGAUUGUAUCUAAUAUUAUUUGUGCAAAUCACGACAGUGUAUGGCAUAAACUGAAGAAACGUGUGUUAGCUUAUCAUAUGUGCCGGUAUGAUGUUAUAAGUUCUUCAAAGCCUGAAAUAUUUAUUAAAAAUUUAGUUGGCAUAAUUGUAAAAAAAAUACCAGAGCUUGGAAAUUCUAUUUUAUCAGAUGACCGAGCAUUAGAUUUUCUUUAUAGCGCAAGAUGCAGAGAAGACCCUGUUGGCUGUCUAGAAUUUUCUCUACUAAACCCACUGAAAAAUGCUUGGAAAGAACGAAGUUAUAUCAUAAUCAUUGAUGCGAUUGACGAAUGCCAAACAGCAGAAGGCCAUAGUCUCCAAGAUCUAUUGUACAAAAAAAUGCAUUGUUUUCCUAACAACGUCAAAUUUUUUAUAACAAGUCGAAAUAUUGAGCAAAUAACAAACAAGUUCAAAAAUCUUGACAUAGUCAGUCUUGAUAACCAUACACAGGAGAACCUAAAAGAUAUACGUUCAUACAUUGAUAAAACACGAAAACUUACCGAUAAAGAAGUUUCAAAACUGACAAAAGUUUCAGGUGGAAACUUUCUUCAUGUAAAACUAUUCUUGCACUAUUGCAUACAGAAAGGUUCCUGUAAUUACGAUUACAUGCCAGACACUUUAGAGAGAAUAUAUGUGCUAAAUUUUGAAAGAGUGUUUAGGGAAAAGGGACUGUUUGAGGAGUUUAUGGAUAUGUUUGCAGUGUUAUGUUCAUUACAACAUCCCAUUGAUGAAGAUAAAUUGCUAGAAGUAUCAGGAAUGAAAACAAACACAAAGGUGCGAGCUCGUCAAAUUGUAGGCAACGAGCUUGGGCACUUUUUGAAAAUUUCUGAUGGUAGGCUUUCGUUUCAACACAAAUCACUAGUUGACUUUCUUACAAAUUCUUCCAGAAAACAUUUGAAUUUUUAUAUUGACAUCAAGAGAGGCCACAAACUGUUUGCUAAAUUCUUGUUACAAUCCUUAAAUCUAACAGAAAGCAACAGUUUAUUGGAGGUAGUUCAUCAUGUAGCUUUGUCUAAAGAUGUUGAUUUUGAAGUGUUGCUAAUAAAUCAUGCAAAACCAUUAAAUCACGGACAGCAUGUAAUACGUUCAGAGCUUUUAUUUAAUGUGGUGAGAAAGUAUGAUUCGUAUGACACGGUACAGUUAACGAUAAAACUGAUAAAACUUAAUUCUUCAAAUGUCGACGAAGAGGUACUGUCGAUUGCUGCCUUUAUAGCAAUAGCAAAUGAACACAAAGAAUCAUUCAGAGCGUGCUUGGAAAAAGGCGCUAACAUCAGUUAUAUUCAUGAUCCAAUAGUUUGGCCAAGAACUGGUGACUUAACAUAUAUUUGCAAGUACAUAUAUUUUUGUGAAUAUAGUCUUUUACAUUUAACAGCUCAAAAGGGAUACCUGAAAAUUGCAGAAGCUCUGCUAGAAAAACAGAUUUCAUUAUUAUACCUAAACAACUCCUUGGGACAAAAUGCUUUUCAAUUGGCUGCUGAACAUGGCCAUAUAUCUAUAAUGAAAUUGUUUCUUCAAUAUAACAACUCCUUAGUGGACUUUUAUUCCCUGUACCAAUCAGCACUUCAAGGAGAAUAUAAAGCUGUGAAAUUGCAGUUAGGUUAUGUUGACGAUGUUUGCAUGCCAUGUACAGUAUAUCCUAUUCUGUUAAAUACAUAUAGAUCAUUGUUACAAUAUAAUGUAACAUCAAAGACAAGUCGCAUCACGUAUCAAAUGGUACAUCACUUUGUGAAUCGUUGGAUUGCAAAUCAAGAUAAUUUGUUUAUGUGUGAAACUGCUUUAAAUGCAGCAAUCAGAAAUGGACACAUUAAGAUUGUGAAACUUCUACUAAAAAAUGUCAAUAAAACAUUGAAUUGUCCUUCAAUUGAUGGAUCUUUCCCGUUAAUGACAGCGGUAAUGUACAACCAAACAGAGAUAUUCAAAUUAUUGUAUGAAGCAGGUGCAAAUAAAUUACAAAGAUGUAACAACAUGCAGAAUUUUAGUUUAACUUACCGUUAUUUAAUGGCAGACCAAACUUUUUAUGAUAUAAAUAUUACAUUUUUUAAGCAGUCUUGUCCUCCAUUUGGAGGUAUUGAUCAUUUAGUUGCUAUUUAUGAUAAUUUGGCUAUUAUGCAUCUUAUACAUGAGAAAGGAUACCAUUCUUGGUCUUCUGAAGACAUUGACGGAUUGACACCAAUUCACUAUGCUUUCUGCCACAAUAGCAUUAACUUCUUGAACUAUAUUGUAUUGGGAAAUAGAUUUCCAUCUCCGCUUUCGAAUUUAAGAUCAAAUAAUGGCUCUACGCCAUUCCAUUCUGCAGCUAUUUGUAAAUCUAUCGCACUAUUUUACUUCUUUGAUCCAAACAAAAACAAUAAAUACAACUUCAUUCCAGACGUAAUUGAUAACGAAAAUCGUUCGAUUCUUCAAUAUGCUUUUUUACAACCGUUACACGCGGAGGACCUAGUGAAAAUAGAUUAUAUAGGCCAUGAUGCGUUUACAUCAUCGCUGUUACAUGUGCUUGGACUUUCAAAGCAUAAUGUGCUACACAGGGAUAUUUAUGGCAGAAACUUUUUACAUUACGCCAGCUCAAGUGGAAACUAUUUUGCAUUUGUACAAGCAAGAAAUUCAAAAGUUAUUGGACUGAUAUUUGACGACCUCCUGCAACAAAAAGAUAUAUAUGAAAGAACUUCUUUCGAAAAUGCAUUUGAAGCCAUGCCUGAACAUAAUUUGUUCGAACCUUUUAAAAUGCCUAAUAAUUGCAGUUUGAAUGAAAUGUUUUCAUCUUCUUGUAAAACAAACCUUUCUAUUAUACUUUCACCACACGAAUACGUUAUUUUAUAUUUAGCACAGUAUUUUCAUUCUCAAAACGAAUUUUCUCGUGUCAAUAUAACAAAUUUAUUAAUUACGUCUAUCAAAAAGUCGAGGAUUUAUCCUAUUCUAACUUUAAAGGUGUAUGCCAGUGACGAAUUCCGUACCGCAGUAUCAAAUCCUGUUCUUUCAAGUAUGAUUUCAGAAUCGCCUACACCAUAUCUUGCUGAACACAUGUUGGAUAUUUACAGUUCCUUAUUUUGUAAUGGAAGUGAGAGUCCUUUACAUAAAAUAGUACAGAAUGAAAGAAACAGACAAUGGACGUUUUCUUCAUAUACGUUUCUAGACCGUUUAUUUGUCAAGUUUUCUAGUAUUUAUUUGGAUAACUGUUACGACAAAGACGGAUACAAUUUACUUCACAGAUCUGUCAUCGGUGGACACCCAACGGCGGUAAAGUAUUUACUAGAAAAAGGAAUGAAUGUAUUACAGAAAUCAAAAGCUAAUCAAAGCGCUUUAACUCUGUCUAUUUUGUUGGCACCUUAUACCAGGAACGGAUCAAUUCCAUCGUACUAUACAAACAGUUCUAGAUUUCUUUCGUAUAGAUUAGUUUACCAAACGGAAACUGCUGACAUUUUAUUUGAUCAUAAUGGAACAGUCAAUUUUGAUGAUAUAGCCUCGAUACUUCUAACGCAUUUAGUAAAUGUACAGUUCAAUCGCAAAAGUCUUCAAAUUGUUAUUUGUUCAUAUCAUAUUGGCGAAUUGGGGUUGAUUCAUAUUGCGUCAGCGAAGGGAAUGUUGUCUUUUUUGAAAUCAUCAAAGGAAUUUUUCGGUGAUGAGAUUUUGAAAUGUCGUAAUAAGUAUGGUGUUACACCAAUGUAUCUUGCUGAUAUGUAUCGGCAAACUAACAUUGUACGGUGGCUUGAAAAAAGCAAUUGUGCUCUUUAUCGCCCUGAUAAAGCGAGUGAAGUUAUGAUAAUUUUUAAUUUAAUGGAAAACUAUGAAACACACUUGCUAUAUGACAAAAGAUGUUUCAUAAAUUAUAAACAAGCGUAUAAAGCGUUAAUACGAAAUCAGAUAUUCAAAUGCAUAGGUACAGAUGUGCGUUUACCAAUAAUGUUUCAAAACCCGACUAAAAAUAUUGUAUACAACAUGCUGUACGCAAAAAUGUCAGCUGAUUUUUGCAAAAAUAAUUGGGAGUGGUUAAAAAAUGAAAACUUCUAUAGUUUUCUUUUACAAUAUCAUCUGACAACAAAGACACACAAUCAAGUUUAUAACUUAUAUAGACCACUUCUUUUAUUUGGUUCUAACGACAGACGUUAUAUAUUUCAUCUUCUAUUCAUUUUGCGUACUUCUGCAAGAGGAACACGUUUUGAUCCUGUGUCUGAUUCAACAGUUAAAACACUUUUCGAUUCAAUAUCAAGUAACCAAUACAAACAUCUUAGAAAAUUAAAGAUGGCAAAUGAUUUACAUAGGAGCUGGUUAACUUAUGAAAUACAUACUGAACUGAAAGAUGAUUUGAACAACGUCAUGUACAAGAAUUAUGAAGUUGAAAACCUUAAUAGAAUUCUAAAAAAUCAAACGGAAGUAAGUGAUGCUGAAUUGAUAUUAACCAACAAAGCAAAUAAAAAUUGCUAUGAUUGCAGGCAUUCGCAUGCAAUGUGCUUUACUAGGAGUUUGAUUCAGGAAUUAUCCAACAUAAGAACAUACGAGCAAUUGAAUAGAAAUGCCAUGCGAUAUAUACCAGAGUGCAAUUAUAUUUCACCACCUACCAUGAAAAUGUUAUCGCAUAUCAUUAAUACCACUUUGAAAUUUAUUGCAGACUUACAAGCGCCCGAUAAAAACAAAUUUAAAUCUCUAGUCAUAGAACUUGAAUUGCUAGUUAAAAGAACUUUGAAGAUAAUUUAUUCGUUUCCCGAAACAGAAAAUGCCAACAUACAGCCCUAUGAGUUAUUUUAUUAUUCCCCUUUCUUCCAUGGAUUUUAUAACUGUAUAAAUGAUUUACAAUUGUAUAAUAUGAUAAAAUGCACGAAACUAUAUGCCAAAAAUGAACAUUUAAAAAUCUAUAGAAAAUAUCUGACAAUAUUGCUGCAUGUUUUAGAACGUGAAUUUGAAUAUGGCUAUCAUAUAUGAGGCAUAUUUUAAGCCGAAUUACUUGCAUGUAUAGUAAUAAGUAACCGUUGAGUUUAAUAACAGUAAAUAAUGUUUACACA